CGAUCUGUGCAUUGUGUGCCGCGACCGCGCGAUACCAACACGUAUAUUGCGCUGCGAUAUAAAUUACGAUCGCGCAAGAACUACGUACCGGACCGCGUUGUUUAAUUUGUGUGUGUUUGUUUUGGAACUGUGUAAAAUGCCAAAGAGUUGUGUUAGGAUUUUUACGUGAUAUUUUUGUUGUUUUAAUUUUUACGGAUAUUAUUCGAUUUAUCGUUUUUCAAUGUCUUCGGAGAUGAGAGGAACAAUGAUCGCUCAAUUGAAGAAACAUGUCAUCUAAACGAAAGUCGCCACCGUCGAAAUUGCAAGAAGGUGCUGUCGACGCUAGCAAGGCGGAGCCCGGUCCCGCAAAUCUGGACUUCUCUGAUCACCAAGACACGGACGACGAACAUCCAACAUACUACAAGUUCUCCCCGAGCUCCUCACCACGUACUUCUAUCAGCGAAGAGGAAACACCCACUUACGAAGACGAAAACCCUAGUAAGAAACAACGAUUCGAAACCGACAUGACAAAUAACCUUCUAGUCCCUUCUUCAUUCUUAAGUCUGCACCAAGUCAACGAUCUUCAAGCGAGAAGACGAGGCUCCUCAGAAUGCAGUAGCCCCGGCGCGGAGGCGAAAGUUAUAGGUCUAUGUAAUAAUAACAAUUCAUUGCUGAAUCACAAUAGUGCGUUGUCACUGGCUGCACCGCAUAAGCGGUCGAUGGAUGAUGUUUUAAAGAGAUUAACGUCGAAAAUGAAUAAUAGCACGAUUAAAGAGGAGAAGAGGCCUACGCCGUCGACUACGCCCAUUAAACAGAACAAUGACCGAAGAGGCGUCCUAGACGCAGCGGCUAUUCAGGCCUUGGCUGGAGAAAGUGUGCUGGAAAAGGAAAGACAGCUGUCAGAGAUGAUUCUUCAGCUACAGAUGGUGCGAGAACAGUUGCUGGCACAGCAAGAGCAUUCAAAGAACGUGGGCAACGUAUCUGCUGAGAUGGAGUUGCAGAGGCUGCAGCAAGAACACCUUCGUCGUCAAGAGAUGGUGCGGCGGGGACACCUAUACCCUGCGCCCCCACUGGGGCUAUUACCGCUGUUAGAGCAAAUGAGACCGCAACAGCCCCACUCCAACGUUGUCCCAUCCAACCCCUGGCCGACCCAAAUGCCCCAGAUGAGGUCGUCUCCCCCUCCAGACCCCGAUGCACCCCUGAACCUGAGCAAGCAGCGUUCUCCCUCUCCAGGGCCCAUGAUGAUGCCCCGAUUUAUGCCAUACCCUCCCAUGGAUGAGUCAUCGUAUAUGAAGAAGGACGACGAAUACAAUUCCGCUUGCAAUACAUCUUCAUGGGGCCAAACACCUCCAGAAGAAGCAGAGAAGGCGAAGUUGAUCCGGCAACCGAAACGCGACGAAGCCGGGAAACCUCACAUCAAGCGGCCUAUGAACGCUUUCAUGGUUUGGGCGAAAGAUGAGCGCCGUAAGAUUCUUAAAGCUUGUCCAGAUAUGCACAACUCGAAUAUAUCGAAGAUACUCGGCGCCAGGUGGAAAGCUAUGUCUAAUGCUGAGAAACAGCCCUAUUAUGAAGAGCAGUCGAGACUGUCAAAACAACAUAUGGAAAAACACCCUGAUUACAGGUACCGACCCCGACCAAAACGAACUUGCAUCGUCGACGGCAAGAAAAUGAGAAUAUCCGAAUAUAAGAAUCUAAUGCGUACGCGCCGACAGGAGAUGAGGCAGCUGUGGUGUCGGGACGGUGGGAGUGAGCUGGGCUUCUUGCCCUCUCUCUCAUCCCCGGGGCCCUCGAACACGUCGCCACCCCCCAACGGUGGUAACUACAUGAACCCCGGUUUCUCCCCCCCACUUUCACCUAGAGAGGAAGAUUGAGGUACGGCGCGCGGCUGGCCCUACCCGCACGCCGCGCCCCUCUCCAUGCCCCCUCCUCAUCCCUGGUAAAGCUUCAUCGGCGACGUUGACAGCUACGUCAACUGUCAACUGUCAGUGCAUCGUUAGAAGCCAGUGUUGCAACGCGAUCUCUCUUGUCACGAGAUUAUUCCAUUAGUGAGCUAAGCGAGGACUUGAUGAACUCUGUGUGAGGCAAAGAUGUGCCAAACGAAACCACUUAUUUAGAAAAAAAUGUACAUAAAAUUAAACUUUUCUCUUGUAAAUAAUUUUGCUUGUAGAUAUUACUUACUGUAGUAUUGUUUGAAGGAAUAGUUUAAUCAGGCUUAUCUUAGCGUCAGUAUGUUGCCAUGUGUAUAAAACCCUUAGUUAUACAUAUAGAAGUUAGACUUAGAAAUGUAUCAAACCAAAAAUUUAAAGCGGUAUGCUUGAAAAUUUAAGUGUUUUGAACACGUAUUUUUGAGACCAGUGAGAGCAAUGGAUCAUAAUAAAAACAUAAUACUCAUAUACCUUAGAAUAGCUCUCUACAUAUGCCUAAUUUAAUGUAAUAGGUAGGAAUUAUAUUCAGUAGUUUUGUCUCGUAUACAUUUGUAUUAAAAUGAAAAUUAAACUAAUUUGUAACUAAGUAGCAAAUUUUGGAACUGUUCUCAUCAUUUUCACUUUUAAUAAAUUGGCUUAUUUCGCCCACAAAAUCCAGUUAUAUAGUUUCACUACCAGUGUUUAACACAAACGGUGGUCAAUUCGAACCUGUCAAUUUGUAUGAAGAAAGUUUGCCCACCGACGACGGGGGAACAAAUUUAUACCAAUAAAAGAUAUUUGUCAGAAAAAAGCUAAAUUGAUAUAAAUGCUUUGGAGUCACUGGAUUAGGAGUUUAUGUGAGACUAUGACAAAACUUACCUAUCGUUUUUGGACUGUUGAGGUAAUUAAAAGAUAAUACUGUCUGUGGAGACAUUGAUUGCGAUUUAAGCGACAAAAGCGCUACAAUAAUGCCCGUUCGCAGCAACUUCAAUACAGUGAGACACCUAUAGCAAAAGAAAUCGCUUUAUCGAAUCGUGCAAUUUAAUAGUUUUAAGUAGUAUUAAGCUGUAAUGCAUAAUAUCUACAUAUUUAAUAAAUAGUAACAUUGUAUAGACUUGUAGUCAGUAUAUUGCCAUUUCUGAAUUCUGUUAUUUAAUUUUUUAAUUAAUAGUUUUGUAUGGUGGUAUGAAUCUUGGGUGUUGCCAUUGAGGCAAGAAUGUAUUGCAUCGUUCUUGUCUCAACGCCGUGAUAGCCUUGGUCUCAUGGUACUUCAUUAUAUGCCAGUAAAAUUAUUCGAAUUGUGUUAAGUGUUAGCGUAAGAUAAGUAAAUUAUUGUGUAUGUGUCUUACUGUUUUAUCUUAGUGUAGUGUGUAUUAUUCUUAGUAAAUGUGUAAGAAUUAGCAGUGCCGUUAAAUUAUUUAUUUUUAUGUUGGAAUUCAUUGUAUUGUAAAUAAUUACUUUGUUUUCUAUUGGACAGUGCUUAACUUGUUAAUCAACUUUGGUAGGUUGAUAAAAGAAUAUCACAAAAAAUAGUUUUGUGUAUAAGCUGUGGUCGAUUUAACAUUGUCUAUUUUUCGAUGCCUGUCAAGUAGAGCACAGAGUACUAAUUGAAAUAAUGCGAUAUUUUUGUCAAUUUUCAACCAGAUAACUUUAAUUCUGGUCUAUUUAUUAUUGCCAUUUCUAUCUACUUAACCUAUGUACUUACGUGUCUUGUUAUUUUAUGUUGUCUAAAUUAUUUCUAUGAGAUUUUGUUAUCACUAAAUCGUAUUAUAGGUAGUACGUAGGUACCUUAUACCUAGUAGGUAUAAACCAGGACACAUUAUUCAAGAAUUGUGCCAAAACCCAAAAGUUUAAUAAAAAGUAAAUAUUAAAAUGA